GUGUGGACGCUCGCUCGGCCCCGCCGCAUCCGUUUGCCCUGCGUCUGGCGGGUGCCGGGCCAUCACGGGAGGACUCGGGCGCCGCAGACGCCGGGCCACAAUGGAACCGUUGACCUUCAAGGAUGUGGCCAUCGAUUUUUCUGGAGAGGAAUGGGAAUGCCUGAACUCCGAACAGCAGACUCUGUAUAAGGACGUGAUGCUGGAAAACUAUCGGAACCUGGUCUUCUUGGGUCUUGCUGUGUCUAAGCCAUACCUGGUUACCUGUCUGGAGCAAAGGAAAGAGCCCUGGAAUGUAAAGAGGCAAAAGACCAUGCUCUUGUUCCCAGCUGUGUUUCCUCAUUAUAACCAACACUUUUCACCAGAGCAGCACAUAAAGUAUUCAUUCCAGGAACUGAUCGAUGGAAGCCAUAGAAAUGGUGACGUUGACAAUUUGUGCUCCAGAGAAGAAAGGAACCGUGUAGAGGGGCGUGAAGUUCCGAAGACGUAUUAUAAUGGGUAUAACCCGUUUGUAACAACCGAUAGUAGGAGAAGCUUUGCUCCCAGUAGACAGCAAGAACCUGAAAUGGCUCAAGAAAACCCUCAGGCUCUGCCUGUUACUUGUGAACAGCCGUGUGCUUCUGUCAGUAAACAUCGGAGUCAGAGUUUGAACUGUACCUCUUCUUUCAAAGAUGGUUUGGGAAAUACAGAGAGGGGUCUAGCCCAUUCUUCAGUUACUGACUUCAGCAGUUUCAAGUGUAGUUUUGGGUUAAGCUUUCAUUCAAACCUUUUUGUAGAUGGGGAACUUAAAAAUGAAGAAAAAAAUUCUAAAUGUAAUCAAUUUGAGAACUCCAUUAUGAAAAAUUCCUUAAUAUAUAAUCCACAAAUAGGUCUUUCAUGUGUCAAAACACAGAAUUUCCAUAAAUAUGGCAGGUUCUUUACACAUCCAGUAUCACCUAAUCAAAAUUCAAGUACAGAUAUUUUAGAAAUCCAGUAUAUAUGUAAAGAAAAUCGGAAGGCCUUUACUGAGGCAUCUGCCUUAAAUAAUCACCAGGGCACGUUUAUUGGAGAGACGGUGUAUCAGUGCAAUGAAAAUGAUAGUGACAUAACCCAUGAGCCAAGUCCUGCGGAUCAGCAGUCUGCUCAUUUCCCAAAGGACUUUUACAAAUGCUACAGAUGCGACACCGUCUUUCAUCAAUACUCGGAACUCAUCAUCCACCAAUAUAUCCAUAUUCAAGACCAGAUUUCCAAGGGGAUGGAUUGCAACACAGCUUUCAAUAAAAGUUCCAGCCUUCCUAGAAGUCAUACUGGAGAAAAACCCUACAAAUGUAAGGAAUGCGGCAAAGCCUUUACCUAUUGUUCCAGCCUCAGACAGCAUCAUAGGAUUCAUUCUGGUGUCAAACAUCACAAAUGUAAAGAAUGUGGCAAAGCCUUCUACCAUAAGUCACUCCUUACACAACACCAGAGCAUCCAUGCCGGGAAGAAGCCCUACUGCUGUAAAUUUUGUGGCAAAGCAUUUAAUCAGAGAUCAACUGUUACUCAGCACCAGAGGAUUCAUACUGGAGAGAGGCCCUACCAUUGUAAAGACUGUGGCAAAGCGUUUCACCAAAGGUCAAGCCUUAGCCUACACCAGAGAGUUCACACUGGAGAGAAGCCCUACAAAUGCAAAGAAUGCGGCAAAGCCUUCAACCGUAAUUCUCUCCUUACUCAACACCAGAGGAUUCAUACUGGUGAGAAGCCCUACCACUGCAAAGAUUGUGGCAAAGCUUUUAAUAAAAAAUCAAGCCUUACUCAACACCAGAGAAUUCAUACCGGAGAGAAACCCUAUUCUUGUAAAGAUUGUGGCAAAGCUUUUAAUCAAAGAUCAAGCCUCAGCCUGCACCAGAGAGGUCACACUGGAGAGAAACCCAAUAAAUGUAACGAAUGUGGCAAAGCCUUUAACCGUGUGUUUUUCCUCACUCAACACCAGAAAAUCCAUACUGGCGAGAAGGCUUACCACUGUAAGGACUGUGGCAAAGCUUUUAAACAGCGCUCGAGCCUCACCCAGCACCAGAGAGUUCAUACCGGGGACAAGCCCUACCACUGUAAGCACUGUGGGAAGGCUUUUACUCAGAGGUCGAGCUUUACUCGGCACCAGAGAAUCCACACCGGAGAGAAGCCCUACAAGUGCCAAGAUUGUGACAAAGCUUUCAGCCGUAACCUCCUUUUGAUCCAACACCAGAGAAUUCACACAGGAGAGAAACCAUACCACUGCCAAGACUGUGGCAGAGCGUUUAAUCAAAGAUCGAGCCUAACGCAGCACCAGAGGGUUCAUACUGGGGACAAGCCCUUCUGUUGUAAAGACUGCGGCAAGGCGUUCACUCAGAGGUCAAGCUUUAACCGACACCAGAGAAUCCACAGCGGAGAGAAGCCAUACAAGUGUAAAGCAUGCGAGAGCACUUUCAGCUGCAGCUCUCGCCUCGCUGAGCACCAGUGCGCUUCCUUAGGCAGCUGCUUCCAAGACACAAAGUUCCUCCAAUAUAUGUGAGUUUACUGUUCUGUUACCGUCAGCUCACAGACCGUAGGAUUCAUUGUUAAACAUGUGAUAUGUUUUAUAUAAAAGAUACUUCUUUCUGUUGUUGCAAUACCUCACUAGAUUCCCAGAAUAUCACAUUCUGGUUUAAUUGAGUAAUAGUUUUCUUUCUUGUCAUUUUGUCAACUGGUUCUGUGUUCAUUGCAUUCUCAGAUGUAUUUCCCGUAAUGUAAACAUAAAACAUAUAUGUUGUUACACAGAGAAACCCUGUCUGGAAAAAACCAAAAAAAAAAAAAAUACAUUGUCCAAUGUAUACAUAAAACUGUCCACCAGACUUCACACUAGAGUAGUUUUUGGCGGGCACCAUUCAGAGUCCCCCUGUGACUUACAGUCCCAUCUCUAAACUGUGUAGCAUGGAGCUUGGCUGUCUCCUCCAGUUGUGUUGAUCAUCUCUUCUGCAGCACAGUUAAGAUGAUAUUAUCCAGUAUAUAGCUGCUGCAUGCUGGAUCCACACUUCUAUAAAAUUGAAUUACACUGGGGGAGGGCUGCUGUGUGACUGCAUGCGUGUGAGGGUCAGCGGGUAGCACCCAGUCCUCUAUCAUUUUGUUUUUGGAAUGGAACUCAGCUCGGCUCGUCAGGCUCAUCUGCAAACUCCUUUAUCUGAGUCAUCGCUUCCGUGGUGGGAUUUUAGGGUCUAGGGUUUCUCUGGCUCGACUAGAACCGCCUCUAUGGCGCGGAGCCCUGCUGUCGUCCACCCUGCCAUAUGAAAAAGGCAGGCAGGCCACCUACAGUUUCAGCACAGGGCUUAUCAUCCCCCUGCGACUUGAAGACGUAACCAUACUUAAAAAUGAGGACAUUCAGAAAAUAUAGGGAAACAUUUUUAUGCUGAGAUUUCAAAACCGACCCAUAGAGCUAAAGGCCUUUUGGGGUAGUCUUUCGUGUUCUCCAGAUCAUGUCUAGUUAGGCGUCGCUGCUAGAAGGCUGUGUGCCAGCGUCCUGGUGAUGAGUGCGGAAUCUGUAAGGGCAAGGGACAGUGGCAGCACACUUGAUCUGAUACAUUGUCAGGAGGGAGAAGAGCUGAGAGGAGUGAAACUUAGACACCACCUAGCCCAGAGCUGUAAACAACUUACUAAACUAUAGACUGCGAGUGUCGUUUGCCUCGGCCGCCGGAGGACCAGUCCUGUUACACUAUGGAAGGUUUCUAUUGGGGCAAAUACAAUAAUAAUACAAAAGAGCCUAUCAACUUGAGAGUAGGUAAGGCAGAGGGGCUUCUAGAGAGGGUUGUUGAGAGGGGAAAGAGGGAGGAGAGUAAAGUGGGAAGUGAUGUCAUUCUAUUUCAAGUAAAAAUAUUAAAAAUUUACAUGAAAGUUACCCAUAAGGCUGUGCACUUCAGCCUUGUCUUCCACAUCCGAGGGCGGAGGGGACCAGUCCUGAGGGCGGGGGUGCACGAGGGACUCCAGUUCAUGGGCAGAAGGGAGACUGGGGGGCCCAAGUCGAGCUCUGGAGUACAGUGCUGGAUUCCCAGAGGUGGCUGUGGAGGACAGCCCUGGGAUGUUUGAUACUCUGUGUUGGUCUAGAGUCCAGGGUCACUGUGAACUGUCUCACUGCUCCAAGGACCUGCCAGAUUUUUAGGGUUCAGGUUGCACAUUGGUUCAGGCUAACAAUAGGUCAGAAAGGAGUGAAUGAUUCAGAACUCCUUCACAGAAGCGUUUUUGGUUCUAUGGAGGAAUCAUUCCAGUUUUCUGGUACUCAAAGGAGGAAACCUGUGUCCACCUGCAGGCAAAAUAUACUCAAUAAAUAAAAUUCUUUCCAUAGGUCUUCUUUCCAAGACAACAACAAGAACAAACACAAAACUGCCAUGGCUGGAAACUUCUGGAAAACUUCAGUGUAAAAUAAGUGGACAAAUAAUUGAACUUAUGAGUUGAUGAGCAUGAAGAAGGGAAGGAAUGAUUGACAGAUUGGAAUUUGUUUGGAAAAGAUUGAUUUAUUGUAUUAUACAUUCUGAUGCACUUCUACAAGGGCAUUUUCUAGAAGGGUUCUUGUUUCUAUUUGUGUUGCUUUUUCCUUGUUGGAGGAUUUAGACGCUAAUAGAAUUAUCUUAGAGAAAUUUAAAGAGUUAUGUUAACUUGGCUGUUGUUUUAUGUUAUUAACUGGGAAAGUAAUUGUAGUUUGCUCUCUGUUGCUGUGAUAGACCACUAGAACCGAAAGCAGCGUGGGGAGGAAAUGGUUUUAGCUUCCUUUUGCAUGUAGCAGUCUGUCAGAGAAGUCAGGAUGGGAGCCAAAGCAGGAGCAGGGGAUGGAACCGUGGAAGAGAAGCUCACUGGCUUGCUCCGCCUGGCUCCUGCUCAGCCAGCUUCUCUAAACAUCGCAGGACUACCUGCCCUUGGGGGGCACUGUCCACAGGAAGCUAGGUCCUCCCACAUCAAUCAGCAAUCAUAACCAUCCCAGACACGGUUAGAGCACUGUAAUCUGGGCAGUUCCUCAGCACCUUGGCUGAGACUCCCACUUUGCACAUGACUCUUGCUGUGUCAAGUUGAGAAUAAGAACAAACAAGGACGGUACAGUGUAAGGUAGUGAUUAGGGAGGGCCACAGAGUAGCUACGGUAGCAAUACAAACCAGGAGCCUGCAUCCUGCUUAGGGUUCCACAGAGAUGCUCAGAAGAGGCCCGCUCAAGGCGAGACCAACCAGCAGUCUCCCCUCAAAAGAAGAAACAAGAGGUCAAUACAUUUGGUGGAUACACUGGCCUCGGACUUUUC